AUGUACCAAACAAGAUCAAACUUCGGCGCGAAUUUAGGCAGUGUGUUUUUGAGAGAAAAAUGGAUAUACCCCUCGUUUUUCAAAGGGGAGCAGAAGACAGAAUUUGACAUCAUAUCAAGUUUCAAGAAAAACAAAGAAAAGGGAAGAAGAGAGAUGGAGGCUCACUGGACUUCAUAUUUCCUGGAUGAAGACUGGGUGGAACUAACUAGAAACAAAGUCAACUCUUUGAGGCUUCCCAUAGGAUUCUGGAACAUUGAUGGUGGGAAGUAUACAACUGGAACAAUCUUUGAGGAAUAUUCAGAGAUGUACCGGAACUCUUGGCUGAUUAUCAAAUCUCACUAUAUUGUACCUGCGGCCAGAAGAGGAAUUUCUAUCUUAAUAGACGUUCAUGGGGUCCCUGGUGGUGCCAACGACAAUGAUCAUAGCGGAGCAUUCUAUGGUGGUGCAACAUUCUGGACCACCCCAUCAUUCCAAGAGCUCUUUAUUAAAGCAGCAGUGUUCGUUUUUGAAGAUUUGAAAGAGUAUGAUAAUAUUUCGGGAAUCCUGUUAAUCAAUGAGGCUUCCUAUAAUUUUAAUCUGCAACAGCAGAAUUUCUAUGCUGCGGCAAUUAAUGCCAUACGUGAGAAAGAAAAGACGAUCCCUGUGGUUAUCUCUGAUGGCUGGAAUGCAGAUUCAUGGAUCCAGUGGGUUAGCAGCAAUCAGAACCCCAAUGCUCCAGCGGGCAUAGUCGUGGACCACCAUGUUUACAGAACCUUUACUGACAAGGACAAAGAACGAUCAGCAGACGAGAUUAUUGCCGACUUGAAUCACGAUUUGCUUCCCAGCGUGAACAAUGACGGGAACGAUGUGGAUUUCAUGGUUGGUGAAUGGUCAUCUGUUAUGGAUGGCCAGACAUGGGCAAGGACUAAUGGAGUCAUCACCCCUUCAGACGAUAAUGACCCUCGGCGUAGGGAGCUUGUUGCAGAAUUUAAUAGCAAGCAGACGGAACUCUUCAGGAAGAGAGCCAGCACCGGAUCAUACUUCUGGACGUACAAGUUUGAGUCAGGCUAUGGGGGCGAGUGGGAUUUCCGUCAACAAUUGGGCCGUGGGUUUGAAGCUCCUCAAGUAUCUGUCCCAGAUGAUUCAACUUUUAAACGCACACUUGCAAGAGACUAUACCGCACAUAAAAACUACUGGGACAGCCAGUACCCCAACGGAAAAUUUGAACACGAACGAUACAAGGAGGGGUUCGUUACAGCGUGGGAAGACGGUGUCACAUACGCGAAGGCCGGCGCUUUGGUUGGCAGAAAGCACGCCAUAAAAUCUGUUAGGUUGCAAGAGCACUUGCAGAGAAAGGGUUACCUGGAAAACAUAUGGGAGUGGAAACAGGGCUUCGACAAGGGCUUGGAAGAGUUCAACAAAAAUGCUAUUUAA